AUGGCAGACAGAAAAGUAAACGAUACAUGGUUGUCCUAUGGACUGACGGAUGCGAGAACAGGGGGACGGAAAAGAAGACUUUCCCUAACAUGGAAAGAUUCAAAAGGCAGUAAGCCUCAGUCUACUACUUAUGAGUCUCUUGCGGUUGUCCCUGAGAAGAGAGCAAGGAGAAUGAGGGGCCUGAUGAAAAGUAGAUUGACGGAAGCUAAGGCAGUUUUCAAGGAUAAGAGCUCUCAGGCCUGCAGGGCAGCUGCAUCAGAGGCUGUCUCAGGAUUGCAGUUCUGUAGGAGGAAGGGACAGAAGAGAACCAUAUGGAGUGUCAACUGUACAGAGGGAACUAAAGUAUGGAUGUAUAAAAAAAGAAGAUCAAGCUACCGACCUGAAGACCUAGAAGCCUUCUUUCGUCUUUUGGAGGAUCCAGUUAUCCAGAGCUUUUUGGCAGCUGACAAGGCCCUAAAAGUCUCUGACAAGUACCUCCUUUCCAUGGUGGUGGAGUACUUCGGCCGAGUUGGGCUGCCUGGGCACAUGUACAACAGGAUCCACUUCUUCCUUGCCCUUUACAUAGCAUGUGACAUGGAAGAAUCUGACCCAAUUACGAAGGUGACCAUCAUCCAGUAUUUGCUGGGCAAGGAACACUGGAAAGGCUUGUGCAAAGAAUUUCUUAAGUUGAAGACAGAGUUCUUUAAAGCACUGGAAUACCGAGCUUGGGUCAAGCCUGAUUUGUGUGAGGAGAUCCAGAACCACAAUCCACAACACUGGGUCUGGAGCCGGGUGCGUGAGGGCACCCACUAG